ACAUUUGUCAUUUUGUUGCCGAUAGAAAUCAAACCCUAUCUGCUUUAUUAUAUAGAGAUACCGAUUUCGCUGGAUUGAAGUGAUCUAAAAGAUAAAUCUAGUUUACUCAAAGAUUAAACCAGCCCAGUUUUGCAUUUUGAAACCAAAGUCACAAACGAAGCCUAGAUAGAGCAAUGCCACUGCCAUCCAGCUCCUUCUCCCAGCAGGGACCCACAUGCUUUGAUAAGAUGAAAACUGGCUUCACAAUUGGCUUCUGUGUGGGCAUGGCAAGUGGUGCUCUGUUUGGAGGAUUUUCAGCCCUUAGAUACGGAUUACGUGGACGCGAACUAAUCAACAAUGUGGGCAAAGUGAUGAUUCAAGGUGGCGGCACAUUUGGUACCUUUAUGGCCAUUGGCACGGGACUACGUUGUUGAUUCUCAUCAGGGGGGCUAUCCCUGCUUGACUUUUAACCUGCCACCCACACAAUCCCCACAUACCCCCCAACUUUAAUUCCCAAACAUUGGCAUUUUUCUGCGUCGGGGAAACGAGAAUUAUAUUAGUGACAAACUAAACCUUAAAUCGUGUUUAUAAUUAAUUUAAGUUAUUGCAAAUAGAGAAUGUUAUCAACAAAACAAAA